CACGGAGUAUAACCUUGAGCUAGAAGCUCGCCUUCAAAUUUCGGGUUCUUUCAACGCCAGGCUUUGGCCCACUUGUUACUGACCUUAUGUAACUAGCUCUCACUGUCUAGAAUAUGAGUACUCCAUUUGCUGCGAACCAGCGGUCUGCUUGAGGCACAUGCGCUGACAGUUUCGCCGAAAAUGGACGCGUUGCCAUCGUCCCAGGCCAGAUACAUCAACCAGGACCCUAUACACGCUUUGAGGAAUGAGUUUUAUGGCCAGAGCGGCGCACCGGACGCAGGCCGCGGUCCUGCGAAGGGCGUCGUGGUGUUUUCCUACGCGCCAGAGGAGGUCCUACGCCAGGCCAAGCUCGAGGCCAUGGAGAUAAAGAUCCGACGGAAGAUGCUCGAGCAGAAAGCCGCGCAGGGUGACUCGCACGCGCUGCGCGAGCUGACCGAGGGCCCCGUCGUGGACAUCGCCAAGCUUGCGGAGCUGGGGUGCGGCGGCAAGCAUGCGGGGGGUCGGGACCAGGUCAAGGCCCUUGUGGUGCCGCCGGAGCUAACGGAGCACGGCGAGGAGAUCCGGGGGAGCAGCAAGGUUAUUAUCAAAGGCGAGAAGCGGGACUUCCAGCGCCUCGGCGGUGCCGGCGGAGCUGGCGACGGCAGCGGGCAGGCCGCCAACGGUGGCGGCACCCGCGGCGGUGGCGGCGGCGGAGCCGGCGGCAAUGUCGCCGCCGGCGGUCGGCCCACUCCUGUGUUUCGCACAACUGACGUCGGGGAGCGGUUGGAUGCGGCGACCAGUGCGCGGAAGAAGCAGGGCGGCAGCCCCAUGCGAGGGGUUCCGGGGCGGCGCAAGGAGCGGCGGCCGGUGGACCCGCUGAAGAAGCAGCUGCGGGACGGCAUGCUCACCUACGUGCCGGUCAAGUUCGAGAAGCCAGAGGGCGUGGGCCGCGCGGCGCUGGUCACACAGGCGCAGGCGCUGUCGGAGGCGCGGCACGAGUACGACGCCGUGAAGCCGCGCCGCCCCGCCUCCGCCCCCCUGCGCCGCUACAUGAGCAUAGGCGCAGCCACGGGCGCCAGCAGCAGCAUGCGGGCCAUCGCGGCGGCGGCGGCGCUGGCGGAGGCGGGCGACUUCGGCGGCGCGGGCGGGGCAGGGAGAGGCGGCGGCGGAGGCGGCCUGGGCGGCGGCCUGGGUAUGGGCGAGGACAAGUGGGGCGACGUGCCGCUUGUGCGGGUUCAGGAGACGGACCUGCUGGCCACGUAUCGGGCCAAAUCGCAGCGACUAGUGGCGGCGGCGCUGGCGGCGGCGGAGGCAGAGGCGGCCGCGGCGCGGCAGGCAGCGCCGCCGCCGCCUCCCGGCUCCCCACGACCCAUGCGCGCCACGAUCCGGUCAGACAGCUUCAGCCGGGGGCAACAGCCGGGCGCCGGCGACGCCGACGCAGCGGCGACAGCAGCCGCGGCGGCUGCGACGGCGGUGGGAGCCGGAGUGGCGGGCGUUGUGGGCGCGAGGAGCGCAGCAGCAGGCGGCAAGGCCAGCACUGGGGGACGGGCGACGAGCCCGGGCAGGCGCGGCACCGGGUCCGGCAGCGUGCCGGCCACCGCGGCGGAGGCGGCGGCAACUGGCGGCGGAGGCGGAGGCGCCUCGACGUCCAUACCCAACCGCAGGGGGCACACGGUCACGGUGAUAGAGCCGCACGAGGAGUCGACGGCGACGACGACGACAGGGGGCAGCAGAGCCCGCGGCACAGCCGCGGGCGCUGCCACCGGCGCCGGCGUCGCUCGCUCCCCGUAUGCAGCAUCUGCUGCACGCAAUGCCGCCGCGCAGGCGGCGCACGCGCACGCUCACGAGCACUCGCAACCACAAUCGCCUUCGAGCCCAGGGCUGCCGCCGAAAGCACCGCGGCGCUCCGCCGACUCCGUGCCUGCCAUCGGCCUGUCCGCGACCGCCGCCGCCACUGCGGCGAUGAGUGCCCGCAACAAGUCCAGCCGCCCCGCCUCCGCCAUCGCCGCCGCCUCCAACAGCAGCGCUUGGGCGGCGGCGCCGCCCGCCGGCAGCGGCGCCGGCGGAGCCACUCGCGUCUGGUCCGCCCAGGGGGCGUCCUCUUCCCCGCCACGCGUUGGUUCGGCGCUGCGGCGGCCGGCGUCUGCCUCCGCGGCCUCUGGCGGCGGCGGCGGCGGCGGCGGCAUGGGCUCGGGCAAGUCGCUGCUGUCCGCGCCUGGCGGCGCGGAGGGCUUUGGCAUGCCCCGCCAGACCUACCAGCCGCCCGACCCCGAGUCGCGCCGCGCCAUCCAGAGCCGGCCGGGCUCGGCGGUGGGCACCGCCAAGACCAACAACCGCAUCCGCGGCCCCGCCCGCAGCCCCUCCCACCUCGCCGCCUCCUACUCCGGACCCGUGGCGUCGCUGCCGCCGUGGGCCGAGGGCGCUGCUGCCGCCGCCGCCGCCGCCGCCGCUGGCCUGGACAGCAACAGCUUCACCUCUCGGUCGCUGUCGGGCUCGCUGCUGGCGAGCACGUCGCUGUCGCUGCCGCACCCGCUGCCGCACCCGCUGCCGCAGCCGGGCGACCCCUGGGCCACGCCCUCCACCUCCUUCCCCGACGCCGCCGACCGGGCGCACCUGCAGGAGCGCAUCCUGGGCGGCCUGGCGCGCCAGUACGCCAUGAACGCCGAGGAGACCGCCGAGGCGCUGGCGGCGGCGGCGGCGGGGCACGGCGCGCACGCCGUGGCGGCGGCCGCAGGCGCCGGCGGCGCCAGCCGCCGCAGCGGCGGCGGCCACCUGGGCAUGACUGCAGAGGAGGCCGCCGCGGCGGCGGCGGUGCAGCGCACAGCGGCGGCGAUGGCGUCUGCCGGCGCGGAUGGUGGUGGUGGUGGCGGCGGCGGCGGCGGCCGCGUGCGGCCGCAGUCGGCUCCGAACCGGCGUCUGCGGCCUCCUAGCGCGGGGCACUGGGCGGGGCGGCCGGACCCGGAGUCGGUGCGGCGCAGUCUGGUCAAGUCGGGCGCCACGCACGUGUAUGACCCCGAGGUGCAGCCCACGCCCGUGGACAACUACAUGAACUCGCUGGUGGGGCUGGACUGAGGGGGGCUGAGAGGUGAGAGCAGUGUGUAUCAAAGAUGGAAGUGCCGAUGGAGGUGGGUGGGUAGCCAUUCAUGCGAACGGUGUGUAUCAAAAAUGGAAGUGCCGAUGUCCAGGGGUACAGGGGAGGCAGGUGGAGGAAGUCGGAGCGCGGAGGAAGCGGGGCUGGGGAGGUGUAGACGUGCAGCAGGAGCGAGUACGGCAUGUGGGUCGAGGGAGGCAGUGCGGGCGCGAGAGGUCCCGGCGAGCUACGCCCUUGGGUGCGGAGGUGCCAACGUGCUCCAUGUGGCUGCUGUGUGCAUGUGCGAGCGCAUCUAGAGUAGAUCAGCAGGCUACCAGGUUAGCGCAGUUGUGUUUGUGUGCAUGGACUGUGAUCCGUGGAGGUGAUCAUAGCGGCAUUGCUUGCUGCGCUGCGAGAGCGCAUGGCUGGGUGGUUACUGAGCACUGGCAUUGGCAGGAGCCUUGGGCGUUGUUGCAUCACUGAUCGGAGUUCAGAACUGAAUGCUGGCAGACUCGCAGGAAUGCGGGCGAGGUGGGUGGUGGUACGUUUCGGCGCGUCGGCGGGAGGGCAUUUCUCGCACAUCACAGCGUUAGAGUCACAUGUGGUGGUACUUCGUGGCAAGUGGCGAGCGCUAGAACAUGCACUUUGGGUGCGACAUACACGCAGCAGCCGUGGCCGUCUUUAUUUGGAUGUGAGCUUGUGACUGGGUUCCUGCACCAUUAGCCGACAAUCUGACAUCACUCAUGA